AUGGAUAUUCUAAUGGACAACUAAUAAUUCCAUAAAAAUAAAUAAAAACUGGAGUAUAUAUAUUUGUGUUGGUGGUUUCCUUGUGUUGACCCAAACCUUUAUCAUAACAUUCAAAUCAUCAUCUACACAUCAAGAUUUCUUUCAGAAUUUUCUUAUGGGUUGUUUAACUUUAUAAACAAUUAUUAAAUUUCGCUCUCAUCCUCUGUUUUCUCUCAAAGCUUCCUUCCUGAUGAUGAGAUGAGAGAAGAGGAGAUCGAGGUUGAGAUGAAUAUUGGGAAUUGUUAUUCUACCAACCCACACAGGAAAAAUAAAUAAAUGAUUGGUUGCAGAUUCUUUAGAGGACAUCAAAACUUUGGCUUUGAUGGAUGAAAGUUUCUGCUUUUAUAACUGAAAGAUUUGGUGAGAAAUGACAACUGAGAUCCAGGGAUGCAACCCAGGCCUUCAGAAGAUCUUGUAGAAACCAACCAACAACUUGUAAAUGAUGUUUUUGAGAUAAACAAGCGUAGUGCUCCAACCCCGCCUCUAAAGACUUCAACUCCUAAUUACUUUGAGGAAAAAAAGCGCGACUCAAAACGAUUCUCGACUCCGCAACCUCAAAGAGUAGAAAGGGAACAAGAAUAUAAAGGGAAACUGUUAGUUCGUAGAAAAUCAAUGCUUGAUUUUAGGUCUCCUUCAAUAUGUGCUCCUCCUACACAUUUCAAUAUAACAAAGCUUCAUGAACACAAAAUAAGGAAAAAGAGGACUUCGUGGCAAAAGUUAUUUGAUCGUGUAGGAGGGAAAGUUUCUUCCGUGGAGAUAGAUCAAGAUCGAAUGGUUGAUCUUUCAAAACUCUUUCUCGGGUCUAGAUUCGCUCAUGGGGCUCAUAGUCAACUUUACCAUGGAAUGUACAAGGAUGAAACUGUUGCCGUUAAGAUACUUAGGGUGCGAGAUGAAGAUGAGAACACAGAACUAGGAACCCGGUUAGAGAGCCAAUUCAUUCGGGAAGUCGCUCUUUUAUCUUGUCUCCACCACCAAAAUGUCAUUAAGUUUAUAGCUGCGGGUAGACAACCACGGGUUUUCUGUGUUAUCACCGAGUAUCUUUCAAAGGGUUCUUUGAGGGCGUAUUUGCAUAAACUUGAGGACAAUAAUGUAGAAGAUAAAGGGAUUCUUUCUUUUGAAAUGAUCGUCAAGAUGGCUUUAGACAUUGCUCGUGGAAUGGAAUAUGUUCAUUCACAAGGUGUAAUUCAUAGGGAUCUAAAGCCAGAAAACAUCCUAGUAACCCAAGAUUUCCAACUGAAAAUUGCUGAUUUCGGGGUAAGUUGCGAGGAAGGUUAUUGUGAUGUUGUUUCAGAUGAUCCAGGAACUUACCGUUGGAUGGCACCUGAGAUGAUUAAGAAGAAACCGCAUGAUCGAAAGGUCGAUGUGUAUGGAUUUGGACUCAUUUUAUGGGAGAUGGUGGCUGGGGCUAUACCUUAUAAAGAUAUGACCUCCAUUCAAGCUGCUUUUGCUGUUAUGCAUAAGAGUCUAAGACCGACGAUUCCUCCUAAAUGUCCUCCGGCAAUGAAAACUUUAAUCCAGCUAUGUUGGUCUCCAGAUCCACGCAAGAGGCCCGAAUUCUUGAAGGUUGUCAAGGUUUUAGAAGAGUUUGAAAGGUUACUUGCUCAACAAGGAAACUUUAAUCACUUCCAAUACCCGACUUGCUUAGAUCAAAGAAAGAUCCAUCAUCAACAGAUGAACGUGCCCACACCUAAACCUCGCUUCUCAUGAAGCUAGCUUCUUGUUUCUCCUAUCUUUUUAAUGUGGAGAAUGGAGCUUUUGUUAGUUCAUAAUUUGUAAUCACAAGUUUUGUUAUUAUAACUUUUAGAUCUUGUAAAUAGGAUUGUUGUGGUGUUAUUGACCAUCAUAUAUUUUUGAUUCAUGUGUAUAUAAAUGUACAUAUUAAUUUUUGAAUGUU